AUGGGCGCGUUUGGGCAUCUCACCAAGCUAGACCUGAGCUACAACCAAAUACGGCAUAUUUCAGGACUUGAACCUCUGGCACCGACAUUGAAGGAAUUGUAUCUAGUGGAAAACAAAAUAAAGGAAAUCAAAAAUUUGGAUUCACUUGUAAAGCUGGAGCUACUCGAGCUAGGGGGUAAUAGAAUUCGUGAAAUUGGACCAGGUUUAGCGAAGCUGACCAAAUUGAAACAGCUUUGGCUAGGAAAGAAUAAAAUUGCAUCUAUUGGGACCUCACUCCAAACAUUGGUCUCCCUGGAAAUUCUCAGUCUUCAGGCCAAUCGCCUGACCAGCAUUGAGCCUGAGAAUUUUCCAUCUCCUGACGCCAAUCCACGUCUUUGUGAGGUAUAUCUAUCUGAAAAUGGCUUGACAUCUAUCCAAAAUUUGAAGCAUCUUUCGAUGGUAAAGAUUAUUGAUUUUAGUUUUAAUCCUAUUUCUAGUAUAAAUGAGGAGGUUGUAAACCCUCAAACUAUGCCACUACUUGCAGAGUUUUGGCUCACUGAUGGAAAAAUCGAAAAUUGGGAUGAAGUGGGGAAACUGAGCGGAUUCAAGGACAACUUGAGGACAGUUUAUCUCGAGCGAAACCCAAUUGAGGAGGACAAAAGGUACCGCGACAAGGUGUACAUGUAUUUGCCUUUUCUGGAGCAGAUUGAUUCCUGGCCAAUUGUAAACAAGGAAGAUCUUGAGGCAGAUCGAAAGCGGAGGGCUUAG